CAAUAAAAAUUCUUUUAAAGUAUAAUAAAUCUAAGUUAAAUUGUAAACAAACAAACAAAAAAUAGAGAGGUCAGUGCUUAAAUGCCAGUGGUAGUUGAUGUAGGAAGAGAGCAGAGGUAUCAGAGACUCCCCUGGGCUGGAGAGGUGAGGGAGGACUUUCAGGGGAACAGGCAGACUGCUUUCCAGGAUUUGGUGGGCUGGAGAAGACAUGCCAGGGGGAAGGAGGAGGGCAGGAAAUAUGGUUAUUCUUAGAUGCCAGUCACACUGCCCUUGACAUAGUUUGGGAGCGUGUCAUGGCCCGUGGGCUUAUUUAAGGUUAAUUUUUCUUUUCUUUUUUUCUUUUUCUCUUUCUUUCUCUCUUUCUCUCUCCCUCCCUCCCUCCCUCCCUCCCUCUCUCUCUCUCUUUUUUUUUAUACCAGCUGAAGAUACAGUAGCUGUACACAUGUCCACCAGGGAGGGCUUUGUUUGAUCAGAACAGUCAUUAUGUUUGAGUGAGUUUUCAGCAUUAAUAAUAGGAAAAUUUCACCUAGAAAUCUGGAUAAUCUGCUUCUCUGUGAACAAAUUAUUCUCUCUGUGCUUGGUCCACAUUCUGGGUUGACAGAAUUUCCAAUUAGACAUGGCCUGCCAGGUCCACAUGUUCACUUCCUACCUUUCCCUUUGUCCCCAGGGACAUUGAGGUGGAAACCACUGACCAAAUCACACCCUCCUAGCAUCACUCCUUGACUUUUCCCUGCCUGGCCUGGAAAGUUCUUUUUGGCACAGGUCAGCCAGAGUCUGAAUGCCAGGCUGGAGUGGGGACUGUCCUUUGGAGUAAGCUGUGUUUUGAAGGAGGAGUGGGAAUUCCUGGACCCUGCUCAGAGGGACUUGUACAAAGAUGUGAUGUUGGAGAACUAUAGCAGCUUGGUUUCACUGGGAACCAGAAGGCCUAAACCAUCUGUAAUCUCCUUGCUUGAGAAUGGGAAAGAGCCAUGGAGGGAGAAUUGUGACACAAGCCACAAGCUUAGAGUGAAGAAAUGUUGGCUCUGAGAAGACAAGGAAAUUGUUUCAGGCUCUGCAGUCUCUUGCUGGUUUGGUAUUGAAAUUUGGCAAUGUUUGCCUCCGGCUGAAUUUCCGUGGAGUAAUAAAGGACUUUGUUCUCCAAAAGAGAAAACUGAAGAAGGAAGGAAGAAUGGCUGUUGGACUAUGUAAAGCCAUGUCCCAGGGUUUGGUGACCUUUGGGGAUGUGGCUCUAAAUUUUUCCCAAGAGGAGUGGGAAUGGCUGGACUCAUCUCAGAAGGAUUUGUACAGAGAUGUCAUGUUGGAGAACUACAGGAACUUGGUAUGGCUUGGACUCUCCAUUUCUAAGCCCAACAUGAUCUCCUUAUUGGAGCAAGGGAAGGAACCUUGGAUGGUGGAAAGAGAGAUGUCUGAUGGUCAAUAUGCAGACUGGGAGUCUUGGUAUGAAAUCAAGGCAUUAUCUCCAAAAUGGUACAUUGAUGAAGAGGAAAUAUCCCAGGGGAUGGUAAUGGAAAGACUUACAAGUUAUGGCCUUGAAUCCUCCAGUUUCAGAGAAGCCUGGAAAUCUGAGGGUGUAUUCGAGCGGCAGCAAGGAAAUCAGGAGAGGCAUUUCAGGCAAGUGACAGCUCUUAAGGAAAUCUCUGCUGUGAGAAGAGACAAUGAAUGUAAUAAUUCUGAGAGAAGCGUUCUCUUGAAGUCAGUACUUUUAACACAACAGAGAGUUCCCACAAUAGAGCAAGUACAUAAAUUUGAUAUCUAUGACAAAAUUCUCCCCCCAAAUUCAGUUCUAAUUGAACAUAAAAGACUACAUGCUGAGAAGGAAUCUUUGAUAGGUAAUGAAUGCGAAGAAUUUGACCAGAGUACCUACCUUGGUAAAGAUGCAGAAAUUCCUCCUGGGGAGAAACCUUAUGAAAGUAGUGAUUUUUCAAAUCUCUUAAGUUUCCACUCAUUACUGACUCAACAUCACACAACACAUUUUGGAAAGUUACCCCAUGGGUACGAUGAAUGUGGUGAUGCCUUUAGCUGUUACUCGUUCUUUACUCAACCUCAGAGAAUUCACAGUAGAGAGAAACCAUAUGCAUGCAGUGAUUGUGGAAAAGCCUUUAGCCAUGACUUCUUUCUCAGUGAGCAUCAGAGAGCUCAUAUUGGGGAGAAACCAUAUGAAUGUAAGGAAUGUAACAAAGCUUUCAGACAGAGUGCACACCUUGCUCAACAUCAGAGAAUCCACACUGGAGAGAAACCCUUUGUGUGCAACGAAUGUGGGAAGGCCUUUAGCCGUUAUGCCUUCCUUGUUGAACAUCAGAGAAUUCACACAGGAGAGAAACCCUAUGAAUGUAAGGAAUGUAACAAAGCCUUCAGACAGAGUGCACACCUUAAUCAACAUCAGAGAAUUCACACUGGAGAGAAACCCUAUGAAUGUAAUCAAUGUGGAAAAGCCUUCAGCAGACGCAUAGCCCUUACUCUGCAUCAAAGAAUUCAUACAGGAGAGAAACCCUUUAAAUGUAAUGAAUGUGGGAAGACCUUUGGCUAUCGCUCACACCUUAAUCAACAUCAGAGAAUUCACACUGGUGAAAAGCCCUAUGAGUGCAUCAAAUGUGGGAAAUUUUUUAGGACUGACUCACAACUUAAUCGACAUCAUAGAAUUCAUACUGGAGAGAGACCUUUUGAAUGUAGUAAAUGUGGGAAAGCUUUCAGUGAUGCUUUAGUUCUGAUUCAUCAUAAGAGAAGCCAUGCAGGAGAGAAACCCUAUGAAUGUAACAAAUGUGGAAAGGCCUUCAGUUGUGGCUCAUACCUUAAUCAACAUCAGAGAAUUCAUACUGGAGAGAAACCCUAUGAAUGUAAUGAAUGUGGGAAGGCUUUCCAUCAGAUCUUGUCCCUUAGGCUACACCAGAGAAUUCAUGCUGGAGAAAAACCCUAUAACUGUAAUGAGUGUGGGAACAAUUUUAGCUGUGCUUCAGCCCUUAGACGACAUCAGAAAAUUCAUAAUAGAGAAACUCUCUGAUAUAUAUAUCAAGUAUAAGAAAGAAAACAUUUAGUCACCACUCAGUUCUUAUUAAAUAAAUAUCAGUGAAUUCUUCAGUUAGUAAUUCUAUGAAUGUAGUACAUAUGGAGAAGCCUUCAGUUCAUGAGCAUCCCUUAUUUGAAAUAGCCUGAGUAGUAGACAUCCAUUACUUUUGGAUCUGUUCUGUGCCCCAUUUGAGACUUAUCUCACCCUCAUUGCGUAUCACCCUGAUGAAAUCAUUUAAUCAGGAAGAGCAGUAUCCACUGCUGUGGUUGUAGGCUGGCCAAUUAUUUUCUUCAACCUAAUGAUAGAUAAGGGAUUUACAAAUGGCCCUGUCUAGACCAGUAGAGCCCUAGGGAGUUGUUAUGCGUAGUAAGAGAAGAUCUUUUUUUCCCCCUGGAAUUGCAAGUUUCAAGGAUUUGGUAAGGUUAAAAACUCACCAGUAGCCUUUUUGCCACCACAUGAAGAAAGCCAUCCCAGGAUAAAUCCAACACAAAAGAAAAUGGAGGUCAGAGACAGAAAUCUGAAGAUAUUGUUUGAUCUUAUGGAUACAGCCAUGUCUGAAGUCUAUACAAUCUUUUACCUUAUCAUUUUUGUGACCUAAUAAAUUUCCUUUUUUUGUUUAAGUU